CAUAUGAAAAUGUCACCUCCUCAGAGGAAAGAGACUGAGGGUGGGGCCAAAAACUAGAACUUUGAACUCUUCCUGCCUCCGUCCCUUCAACUCCCAGAGGGUGUGAUGAGUGCUGGAGGCAGCUUUGACCUCACCAAGACUGGCAGGGAUCCCCACCUCCUUACACAGGCUCCAAGGACAAUGAUUUUCAAACUCUGUAAGCAAACUUAAAAAAAAAGCCAAAAUCCUAAGACUGUCACAUGUACAAUGAAUGAAAGGCUUUUGUUUAUAGAAAUAUGCUUAAGUUGAAAUGUAUAAUAAACACAGUAAAUAAAGCAGUUUUGAGUAACCCAGAAAUUUGAGAUGGAGAGCUAAUAGAUGACUGAUAGGUCUUUUUCCUAUAACAUGUAGAUAGGUAAUUGCAAAUGGUAUUUUUUUUAACAGUUCUCCUUCCAGUCAAGUGAUAUUGGUCAGUUAAAGAGAAGAGAUAGAAGGCUUAUUAUGCCAAAUCUGCCCCAAAUGUACAGACAAGCGUGUAUUUGUUCUCAUGUUAACAGGGUUAUCAAUGCCGGGAAGAGCACACACAACGAAGACCAAGCCAGCUGCGAGGUGCUCACUGUGAAGAAGAAAGCGGGGGCCAUCACCUCCACCCCAAACAGGAACUCGGCUAAGAGACGGUCCUCCCUUCCCAACGGGGAGGGGCUACAGCUGAAGGAGAACUCGGAAUCUGAAGGCAUUUCCUGCCACUACUGGUCACUGUUUGACGGACACGCGGGGUCCGGGGCAGCCGUGGUGGCGUCCCGCCUGCUUCAGCACCACGUCACGGAGCAGCUGCAGGACAUCGUGGAGAUCCUCAAGAACUCGGCUGUGCUGCCGCCCACCUGCCUGGGCGAGGAGCCGGACCACACGCCUGCCAACAGCCGGACUCUGACGCGGGCAGCCUCGCUUCGCGGUGGGGUGGGCGCCCCCGGCUCCCCUGGCACCCCGCCCACGCGCUUCUUCACCGAGAAGAAGAUCCCGCACGAGUGCCUGGUCAUCGGCGCCCUUGAAAGUGCGUUCAAGGAAAUGGACCUACAAAUCGAACGCGAGAGGAGUUUAUAUAAUAUCUCUGGUGGCUGCACAGCGCUGAUUGUGGUCUGUCUUUUGGGGAAGCUGUAUGUGGCAAAUGCUGGGGACAGCAGGGCCAUCAUCGUCAGAAACGGAGAGAUCAUCCCCAUGUCUUCGGAAUUCACCCCUGAGACUGAGCGCCAGAGGCUUCAGUACCUGGCAUUCAUGCAGCCUCACUUGCUGGGGAAUGAGUUCACACAUUUGGAGUUUCCAAGGAGAGUACAGAGAAAGGAACUUGGAAAGAAGAUGCUCUACAGGGAUUUUAAUAUGACAGGCUGGGCAUACAAAACCAUUGAGGAUGAUGACUUGAAGUUUCCCCUUAUAUACGGAGAAGGCAAGAAGGCCCGAGUCAUGGCAACUAUUGGAGUGACCAGGGGACUUGGGGACCAUGACCUGAAGGUGCAUGACUCCAACAUCUACAUAAAACCAUUCCUGUCUUCAGCUCCAGAGGUAAGAGUCUAUGAUCUCUCCAAAUAUGAGCAUGGAGCAGAUGAUGUGCUGAUCUUGGCCACUGAUGGACUCUGGGAUGUUUUAUCAAAUGAAGAAGUGGCAGAAGCAAUCACUCAGUUUCUUCCUAACUGUGACCCAGAUGAUCCUCACAGGUACACACUGGCAGCUCAGGACCUGGUGAUGCGAGCCCGGGGCGUCCUGAAGGACAGAGGAUGGCGGAUAUCCAAUGACCGACUGGGCUCAGGAGACGACAUUUCUGUCUAUGUCAUUCCUUUAAUACAUGGAAACAAACUGUCAUGAAAACAGCCCAGGGCUUGGGGAGGACUGAAGGGGAGAAAGCUGGGGUGCCUGUGGGCAGGGCGGGGCUGGGAUGGACGUGCCCCAGCAGAGUUCCAGGGGAUGCCAGCUCUUCCCAGCCCAGGUCGGGAGCUUGCUGCUGAAAGGCCUCUGGCUGAGCUUCAAGAGGACCCUUGGGUUUCAGUUUCCUCUUUAGUCACAGGUCUGGAUUCUCAACAAGAGCAAAACACAAAGGCUGCUACUGAGUGUUAGGUUUCUGUUGGUUCCUCUCAUGGGCCUCCUAGGUGGCUCUCGCCCAUUUGGAGGCACAUACACCAUAUUUAUUUUAUCCAGAGUAGCUGGGGUGGCCAUUUUCGGGUGCAACUGGCAGAAGACUCUUCAGCCUGCCAAGCUGCCACCUUCUCCACGGGUUACAAGUGCUGCAUUGGAAAGUUUGGGGAUCAUGCCUCGGAAAGUGUAAGCACCCAUCUUCUAGUAAGCCUGAGAUUUAUUUCAGGGAACACUAUCUCUGUGUGGGUGUGUAUAUGUGUGUCUUUAUUCUUUUUUGGUGACAGUGGGGGGCGGCAGGGAUUUUUUUUCUCUUUUGCUGUUCUUUGAAUCGUAAUUGUUUCCCUCCGAUAGAACAAGCCGGGGACUUUCCAAGCCCUGGCCGCGGAAUCUGUGUGUCAGACUCCAGCCCUGCCGGUCCGGUCCCGUAUCCUGUAGCCCAUACCACCCAGGCAGCCAUCUGGAGCGGUGCCCUGGGUGACGGAGCUCAGUCUUUGUUAUGUAACAGCUCAUUCCUGAGUUGCAAUCAAUGUGUUUUUGUGACUAUGUGGGUGUUUCUUGGGACCACCAGUUCCUCUGUCGUCUACAAGGGUCCCUCUGGCGUGGCUUGCAGUUUCUCUGGAGAGUCGGGCUUUUCAUUUCCAGAAUGGUUGGCCCUCCCCGCACUGUGCCACUGGGACACACCCAAAGCAGUGUCAAAUUGAGCAAUCUAGGGUGUUCCUUGUAUCGGUCAGUUCACUGCACCUCAUUUGAGGACCAUUCCUCCACCUGGAUCCAGGUUCCCUGGGCCGUGAGGUGACUGUCCCCAAGCCCACUCCAAGGAAGGUGUACAGUAGCAGAGUCCUGUCAAGAAGCAGCAGUCUGAGCCUCCCCUUCAUAUCUGGCCCAGGCCCACUCAGAACGGCCGUUUGAUAAGAGUGAAUUUAUCAGCCAGGUGGUUGACAGUCAUUCUCAAGCUGUGCACCCUGCCCUGUUCCUUCUUCCCAGAAUCAUGUCCCAACCAGCCUGUCCCCGCAGGUGCUCCACCUCUGGCUGUUCCUCACCAGAGCAGGGCUACCGCUGCUUCUCUGCCCAGAGGAAUCGCAAAAUAGAUUUCUAGAAACCACUUCUUGGGCAGAUGGCUUCCCAGCACUGCGGGACUUGGUAGAGCAGUGUCCAGUGACCGAGGGCUCUUCCUACAGGCCUCCUGUGGUAUCAUCACCAUCUUGACCACUUUUUAUAAUAAAAACAUUCUUCUCACCCGAUAAAGGAAAAGGUCAAGGGUGCCAUUCCCCCAGAAGGCUGGAGAGCCAAUUCCACUUCUCAUGUUUGUUUGAAUCCCUUCCCCAGAGGGGAGGGCAGGAACCUUUCCUCUGUGCAGUUAAUCACCUGUAUUUGCAUUCCUGGAAUGUAAAUAUUCUCUCAGGAAUGGCCUGGAGCUUUCCUGCUUAGGAAUGCAUUCAUCCCACAGUGUGGAAACAAUACCUGGUCGGGCAGGUGAGGUACCUGGGAUUCACCCACCCAAGUGUUUGCUGCAGUGUUGCCUGGGAAGAACUGGCUCCAGUGUCAGGAAUCCUCAUCAUCUGCCAGCCUGUCUCCCCAAGGAGAGGAGUCUGGGGUAAACAAUUUGCUCCUCUGGCAGAACAUGAUGCUAUGGGGAAACAUGCAGGCAUCCAACAACAGUGCGGUCCACUUCCGGCGUGGACUCUCCAAACCAGGUAUAAAUUCAGAAACUUGAGCAAGUUUUCUGUGGAGGACUCUGAGCCACCUUCUUUGAGAAGCUGUCCUCCCAGGCCAUCACCUCUUCCCCGAGUUGCCAUUGCCUUUCAUUUCCUUUAUUUUCUGGGCUUCUAUCUGGGUCCUACCUUGAGUCUCUCUUGUCUUAUUCAAGGCACAAGUGUCAGAGUUUAGAUGUGCAUAUCCUGUAGAUGUCAUGACAACCUUCCACUCAAUUGUCCAUUUCCUGCCAAGGCACGUCUCAGGAAAUACUCUGGAACCCCUUUAUUCCGUUUUUCUGAAAGUCUUGAGCAUUUGGUCCUACUGGAUUUAGUUAGAAAGGUAUAUGGGAAUUCUUUCCCUAAGCCCCCUCGGGUAGAAAGAUCUUAGGAGUGAGCUGAAGCCAUGCGUCUGUUUGGGAAGCCACAAAGGAGGUGACUAAAUCAAAUGUGGAAAAAAAUAAUUUGUUAAUGCCCGUGGCAGGUCUGUCCAACGCUGAUAUUGCUCUGUGAAUUGAGCUUGCUCCGUUUUAGCCUUAUUUUUCACCCAGGCCCCAUGUCAUCUGAUCCCAGAGCAGUAACUGUGUCUAUGUAACGAUCGGCCCACGGAGAAUUCCUGGAAGGGUCAAAAGGCCACAUACUUAAAAUUCUGCAGAACUUAUUUCUACAUGGUUCUGACAUCUUGAGUAUCUGAUUUAUAAUCAAGUCUCCUGGCCCCAGUAGCCUCAGAGGAUGUCUUCUUUAAUAAAAAGCUUCCAAUUUCCUAGUCAGGUGUUCAUGGUUGUCUGGGGGUCGGGGUGGAGGUGAGGGGUGGCCACUUCCUUUAAUGAAAGUCUCUCUCAAUUCUAAAUCUCUUUGUUGGGCUGGCCUCUGGUCUUCAGAAUGUUUGGUGACACUCUUUUCCUUAAAGAGAGCAAACUCUGUGGCAUUUUGUUGGGCAACAACCAGACCUUUGCUCUCCCAACACCUGAAAUCAGAGCAGUGCCAGCAGCCAGAAAACCGGAGGGGGUGUUCUCCUGCGGUCACGCUUGCCAACUUCUGUUCUUGGGGAAGGAACAGAGCUGUGAGAAGCGGGCUAGGCCAAGUGCUCAGCUGUCUAAUAGGACAAAGCCCUCAAAGUGGGAAUUGGUUAUUUUCCACCGUUUACAGCUUGGGGGAAUCUGGGGUGUUGAAUUGUUUCGUCUCUGACGGUUUACCUCCAUGGGGGCUGCAUAAAGUCAGCUGCGCUCACUCUUUUUACUAGUAUUCAUUUACUCCUUGGGACGCAUCACAGCUGUCAGUAGUAUUGUUGGGCAGGGAUGAGAGUCCCGUGUCUAGAUUUGGCCUCAGAUCUUGGCCACUGGGGCGGGGUGUUCGGUGGACCAAGAGCACUAGCAGGGAAACACUGGGAGGCGGGGGCGGGGCGGGGGAAGAACUCCCACAUCUUUAAGACUCUGGUCUAACCUCCCUCCUCAUCUGCCAACCAACUUUAUUUACAAGGCCAUGAAUGGUCAGUGGUUUUCUUUCCACCACAGUCUGAGGAUCUUACCUUUCCUUAAGUGACCCAGAGCAGCUGUACUGUGUUUAGAUGGAACAUGUUAAGCUUUUAUGAGAUUCUAUUUUUGGUAAGUUCAUGUUCCUGGGACACUUGGAGAAAGCAGUGAGAGCCACUGUCUGUGCCAAAACCCACCAGGCUGACCCUCAAACGUAGCAGAUCUAGGAAAAGAGUGAAAUAGUAUCUGGCCGCUGGACAGGACUUUACAUUAGGAACUUAGACUUUUGAGGACAUGGCAAUGGCAGAGACACAUCACAGCCGGCACACCAUAGCCCCCCGAGUGUACUCUGGUUCUGUAUGGGUGACGUGGCUUAGGUGUGUGCACACGGGGAUUUUUCAAAGGACACUACAUGAGCAGCCCCACUUGCCUCUUGUGUAAGCGCCGUGGUGGCUCUUUGUAAGAUUCAAGUGCCAGUCCAGGGAGCACUAUUUCUACUCCAUGAUGUGAUUUGUGUAAAUAGCUUUAAUUUUGCCUGUGUGUCUUAGGUGAAGUUUUGUUUAUGUACCAACCAGGUAGACAGUGACCAAAUGAGGCUGUAAUUGUGUUGUUUUCUGCUGUGAUGUACUUGAAGAAGAAUCUUGUGUCCUCCACUCCUCCAAUCUUCCAUAGUUUUUAGUGUUUGUUUGGGGAGUCCUGGGGUUACUCUUUUACUCCUAUUUUGCCUCCAUUUUCCUUGUUUCUUCUGGAAAUCCAGAGAGGCCCAGAGUGGAGAUCAUUUGUAAGGAAUGUAUUACUGUCUGGGUUUCCAAAAAAGAUCCUACAUUAUAGCGAAUGAAAGGAAUCUUCCUGAAAACGGUUUUGGAACCAUUUAUGCUCUGUGAUUGUGAAACCCUGACUUUUGUAACCCAGAAAUGAAAACUGUUUAGUAAAGGGGAUCUAUUUUGUGUGUUUUGAAACUUCGGUGCAAUGUUCCCUGGAAAAAGUUGAAGAAAUGUAUAUGCUCAAUGCCAUUUUAAAAUAAAAUAUUAUAUAUAUGUAUAUAGGACCCCUUUA